CCCCGUCAGUCAGUGCCCGAGCUCUGCUGGGGAGAGACGCGCCCCCUCCGCCUCCUCCAGCCCUGGAUGGUCCGUUCACCUCUCUCACCAUCACUUCUCUUCUUCUUCGACGGGCUGAACGUGUCGCUUCAUGUCGGUCGAUCGCUGCGAGAACGGAUCUUCGACGACUGUCGGCGAGCGUCGCGGUGCAUCAGCCUCGAGCGCAGCGCGAGCUCAAUACUAGUACUAGUUACGCGCGCGCGGCGCUGCGCUCCUAAGUAACGGCACCGCUGUUCCGGGGCCAGGGGGCAAAAAUGACAAAAUACUCGGCCGUGUCCCCCCGACAAGUGACAAAGGCCGCGAGCAGCAAGUCCUUGGACUUUCUGUCAGACAUCUACUCGUUUCAGAACCGCUCUCUACUGUGGAAUUUCACGCUCCACGAAGAAAUAUACGAGAACUCCAGCAAAUACGAGACGGAGUCUCAGAAUGUGACGGUGAAGACUGUUCUCAUAGUCGCCUAUUCCGUCAUCAUCAUCAUUUCACUUUUCGGAAAUAUCCUCGUUUGCCACGUUGUGCUGAAAAACAAGAAGCGCACGCGUUCCGUCACGAGUUUAUUCAUCGCGAAUUUGGCUAUUGCUGACAUAAUGAUCACCCUCCUGAACACCCCCUUCACUUUGGUGAGAUUUGUCAACAGCACCUGGGUGUUUGGAGAGCCCAUGUGUCACAUUAGUAGAUUUGCUCAGUACUGUUCAGUUCAUGUUUCAGUGCUGACCCUCACAGCUAUUGCUGUUGACCGCCAUCAAGUGAUCAUGCACCCUCUGAAGCAACGAAUGUCCAUGAUACGGGGAGUCGUUUGCAUCAUUGUGAUAUGGGUGACGGCCUCCUGCUUGUCUUUACCACACGCCAUCUAUCAGAAGCUGUUCCGCUUCGAGUUCGGGAAGAAAAGGGUGCGAAUGGUGUGUCUGCACAGCUUCCCGCAGCCCUCAGAUUUGUUUUGGAAGUACUUGGACCUGGCCACCUUUGUCCUGCUCUACGUGUUGCCACUGUCCGUUAUCUCCGCAGCCUACAUCAUCGUGGCUAAAAGGCUGUGGGUGCGCAAUGCGAUAGGGGACUUAACCAUGGAGCAGUUCUUUGCACACCGGCGGAAGAAGAAGAUGACCCUAAAGAUGCUGAUUCUGGUGGUGGCAGUCUUUGCUGUCUGCUGGUUCCCACUCAACUGCUACGUGGUCCUGGUUUCCAGCAGAGCCAUCGUCACCAACAACGCUCUGUACUUUACUUUCCACUGGUUCGCCAUGAGCAGCACCUGCUACAACCCGUUCAUCUACUGCUGGCUGAACGAGAGCUUCCGCUCCGAGCUCAAGUCUCUGCUGCAUGUGUGCAGGUGUAAGAAAACUCCACGCCGCCAGCCUGCCCUUAUAGUCUCUUCCCUUCCCAUUAAGGACACAUGGGUGAACAAUGUAAACAAUGAAAAUAAGGAUCUCCAGAGGAGUACAAAGCCUGUCUUCCUCAUGCACUUGGUAAAAACUGACAUCUCUGUCGUGGAGCCAAUUGUGGCUGGAACAUAA